AUGGUGCGCCGGAGGGUGAACCAGAAGGUGAACUGGACGGUGAACCGGAAGGUGAACCGGAAGGUAAACCGGAAGGUGAACCAGAAGGUGAACCAGAAGGUGAACCGGAGGGUGAACCGGAGGGUGAACCGGAAGGUGAACCGGAGGGUGAACCAGAGGGUGCGCCUCCCCCCUUUCCUCCGUUCCCACCCUUCCCUCCCUUGCCACCCUUUGCUGGUUUUCCUCCGGAGGGUUUCCCGCCAGAGGGUGCACCAGAGGGCGAACCAGAGGGCGAACCAGAGGGCGAACCAGAGGGUGCGCCAAGAGGUGCGCCAAACGGUGCGCCAAACGGUGCGCCAAACGGUGCGCCAAAUGGUGCGCCCGCCGGGGAACCCUGCGGCUCUCCGCUUCCCGGGGAAACCUGCUGCGUUCCGCCUCCGCCCUGGACCGUCAGCGCGUUGA